GUUUUGUUUUGUUUUUUUUGGCGUUUUAGCCGCUCUGCAGCGGUAAGAUAGUUUUUGUUCUGAAAGUGUCAGACUGAUCAUUGUCGGCACACACAUGCGUACCUAACAGAUGUGUUUGUGCACACCCAGGCAUCCAUGUUUUCAAGCCAAUGAACACAAGCUUCUGCAGCACUGGCACUGUUGCCCACAGUGGCCACUUGGCCCUCUUCUGCUCUGAUUUUUGGAUUGUUGUGGAUCACUCAGCCCGGCCGUCCUCAAUGCAGACAGACGGCAAGGACCUAUCAUGGUGGAUUUGACCAAAUGGCCUCUGUUCAACCUGGUGGAGCCCCAGGAGCUCUGCAUGAUACGGAAAGCGUGUGUGUUCGGAACAUCUGCCAGUGAAGCCAUUUACGUCACAAAUGAUGAUGAGGUGUUCGUUUUGGGCUUAAACUGCAGUAACUGCCUUGGAACCGGCGACAGCCAGAGCACCAUCGUUCCCAAGAAGCUGGACUUCCUGAGUGGGAGGAAGGCGGUCAGUCUGAGUUACGGCAGUGGCCCCCACAUCCUGCUGGCCACUGAGGAUGGAGAAGUUUUUGCCUGGGGCCAUAACAGCUACAGCCAACUGGGAAAUGGGACCACCAACCAAGGAGUGUCCCCGGUGCUGGUGUCUGCCAGUCUGCUCAAGAAGAAGGUGACAGAAGUGGCCUGUGGCUCUCACCACUCGAUGGCUCUGACCGAUACAGGAGAGGUGUACGCAUGGGGCUAUAACAACUGUGGUCAGGUGGGCUCAGGCUCCACGUCAAACCAGCCCACGCCCCGCAGAGUGUCCAUCUGUCUGCAGAACAAGGUGGCUAUCAGCAUCGUCUGCGGUCAGACCUCCUCCUUAGCCAUCAUGGACAACGGAGAGGUGUACGGUUGGGGUUAUAACGGGAAUGGACAACUUGGGCUGGGAAACAACGGGAACCAGCUCACUCCCUGUCGCCUCAUAGGUCUGCAGGGAUUGUGUGUGCAGCAGAUUGUCUCGGGCUAUGCCCACUCUCUGGCACUGACAGAUCAAGGGUUGCUCUACGCUUGGGGCGCAAACACAUACGGACAACUGGGCACCGGUAACAAGAUUAACCAGCUGAGUCCGGUGCAGAUUAUGUCUAACAAAGAGAGGAUUGUGGAGAUCGCCGCCUGUCACUCUACACACACGUCAGCAGCGAAGACCCAGAGUGGCCUGGUGUACAUGUGGGGCCAGUGCCGGGGCCAGUCCAUCGUUCUGCCAAACCUCACGCAGUUCACGUGCACAGACGAUGUCUUUGCAUGCUUCUCCACCCCGUCCGUUAUGUGGAGGCUUCUUUCUGUAGAACACAAUGACUUCCUGACUGUGGCCCAGUCUCUGAAGAAAGUGUUUGACAACCCGGAGACGGCUGACCUCAAGUUCUGCAUCGACGGCAAAUAUAUCUACGUCCACAAAGCAGUUCUGAAAAUCAGGUGCGAGCAUUUCCGGUCCAUGUUUCACUCUCACUGGAAUGAGGACAUGAAGGAGGUGAUCGAAAUCAGCCAGUUCUCCUACGCUGUGUACCGCUCCUUCCUGGAGUUCCUCUACACAGACACCGUGGAUUUGCCUCCUGAGGACGCCAUUGGACUGCUGGACCUGGCCACCUCGUACUGUGAGAACCAUCUCAAACGUCUGUGCCAGCACAUUAUAAAGAGAGGCAUCACAGUGGAAAACGCCUUCUCGCUACUGUCUGCCGCGGUGCGCUACGACGCAGAGGACCUGGAAGAGUUCUGCUUUAAGUUCUGCGUCAAUCACCUGACUGAGGUGACUCAGACCGCCGCCUUCUGGCAGAUGGACGGGGACCUGCUGAAGGAUUUCAUAUGCCGAGCCGGGCGCUGCGGCGCCUUUAAGAACUGACCUCAGUCUGAAACGCAUUGGGAACCCACAGGAGGACUGGAGUCACCUCAGCACUCGGGCUGCCGCUGUCCCAUCAGUAAUUCAACUUAUUCCAAAAAUCCUGUUACAUUCACUCAUCACCGCAGUGCCUGAGUACUUCUGGGAACCUUCAGAGGUUUACCAGCUUAUUUACUUAUUUUCUGCAUGAGAUUGUUGCCACUUCCUGAGAUGAUUGACCAACUGAAUUUUUGUUUGGCGCCUUUGCACUUGUUUUACCAGAACCGUGAAAUUGAUUUUUACUCCUCUUAACAGCACACCAGAGUAUGAAGCUGUUUGCACUCAGUGUUCUGUAGACUCCACGGCGUCAUGUCGGGAGUCUGUCGUUAGAAUCCUGCUGUGUGAUUAGAAAUAGAAACUCAGGAUGCGAGUGACACUCAGAAUGGUCUUAAAACUGUUACGGAUGUGAAAACAUUCACCCGCUUUAGUAAAUUCACUUGUGCAGCUAUAGUUCUGUGCUAUUUCAUCAUGCCAAUGAAGAGUGUUGACCACCAGGUGGCAUUAGACAUUAAAGCACACCAAUAAUUCACUUUUUGGACAACUUUGGCACAACUGGUACUUAAUGACAAACUGCCAAAACUUUUUGUCACAGUAGAUUUCAUUUUUUGGUAGUCGCCGCAGUCGCUCUGAGGCCGUGCGUAAAAAAAAAAAAAAAAUGCAGGACUCCACUGAAGUAUUCACACAGUUGAAUGGCUUUUUCUUUGAGUUGAUCUCAGCACAAUUGCUGACACACUGGUUUAUAGGAAAAUAUUUUUAGUCCAUUGUGGCCUUGUAGUUAUGCUUUUCUUCCUUUUCUCGACAUUUCAUCUGUAUUGCAUCUUACAUCUUUGCUUUAAUGGUAAGAUUUUGAAGAAUGUGUUUGCUGAGCGGAACAUUUCUUGUAAGUAAAGAUUUCGUUAAUCAAGUGCCAGCUGAAUGAUUCAAAUAGAUGAAUUAAAAACUGAUCUACA